AUGCCACGACGAGUUGACGGAAGUGAAAUGAUGGCGUUUGUUAUUAUCCUUGUCGUCAUUCUUCCUUGGGCGGAGACGAUUCAGUUGCGUGGAGCAAACGGUGAUGGACCACCUCCGCUGCCCUACAACCCGAAUGAUUUGUACAUACCUCAAGUGAUGAAUACGGCUCUGCAUGGUUUACACAAGUGCUUCGAUUGUCAAAAUAUUGCGGUCGUCGGAGCCGGUGUGUCGGGCUUGAUCAAUGCUAUCGAGCUGUCACUGGCCGGUCAUACUGUUACCGUGUACGAAGCGAGCGAUCGACUUGGAGGUCGCAUUUUAACACACCGUGUUCGGGAUAAAGGCUAUAUAACCGAGUUGGGCGCCAUGCGCCUGCCGCUUGAUCAACAUCGUCUUACGAAUGUAUAUGUCACUCAACGAUACAAGCUCAAAGUGUCACCUUUUCUUGGAUAUGAUGCCAAUGCUCUUUUUUACGUCAAUGAUCAUCGAGGAACAUUCAACCAAAGAGUUCUGCCGGAGAAUGUAGGAUUUGAGGUGUACGACAUAGAGAGGAACAAGACUGCGGGACAGUUGUGGGAUGACGCAAUGUAUUCAGUAAAAUACAGUAGUUAUGACGAACUCAAGGCUAAAUACGACAAAUAUAGUAUUCAAUCCUAUUUUAUUGAACACGAGAACAUGUCUCGUGGUGCGAUUGAUUUUGUUUCGGUCAUGUUCAAUGUUGACAUGCAGACAAGUCUGAUUGAAAUGGUACGAAGUACCUUGAUUUUGCCCCUUAGUCCAAACUACUCGCAAAUCGAUGGCGGUUUUGAUUUGUUGAUCGAUGCCUUUGAACGUGCUUGCAAUGAUGUGCCUGAUGGACGUUGCAAAAUUCAUACAAACAGACCAGUGAAAGAAGUUCACUACGAGGAGGAUAUCGCCAAUCCUACGUCUCGUCCUUGGGUGCGCUUGACAAUAGGUGGAAUCUCAAAUAUGAUGCGAUAUGAUUCGCUCAUUGUAACUACGACUGCACGAGCAGCCAAUCUCAUCGACUUCGUGCCAAGAGCAUUGUUCGUCGACAAAUAUCGCGCUUUUCGCCAAUUGCACUAUGAUUGUGCGACUAAAAUUGUUCACUCGUUCAGUCGUCAGUUUUGGCGAGACGAAGGCAUUCAAGGUGGCUCAUCGAUUACCGACUUACCAGUGCGAUUCGUUUUUUAUAAUAAUUUCAAUACGACCGCCGAUUCGGUCAGAGAUGGGGCAUUUAUAAUUACUUCGUACGCAUGGUCGACAGAUGCAUUGCUAUGGUCCGCAAUGACUGACGAGCAGGCAUGCGAGAAGGCUCUCCAAAAUCUCAAUGAUCUUCACAAAGGAGUCGACAUUCGGCCGUUACGUACGAGUUGUGAAGUGAAAAAUUGGUGCACGGACCAAUAUGCACUCGGUGCGUAUGCUCUAUUUACCACUUAUCAAGAGACAAAUAUACAUGAUGAACUCGGAAAGUCUGUUAAGAACACAGUGCAUUUUACCGGAGAACAUACCAGUCUCAAUCACCGAUGGAUCGAGGGCGCCGUACAGUCAUCCCUGCGUCUUCUCAUGCACAUGCAGGUAAGUGUUAUCAAAAAACGUUCGUUUCUCAAAGUGACUUUGACGAAAUGCAGCUUUGACAUUGGAUAUCUUUUAGAUCUAUCGCUGUCAUCAGAUAUUUCUUCACUAUCAAACUAACUCAUUUUCAGAGUUUUCUAAAAAUCCAUGAACCAAAAACUCGGUUCAAUUAAAAAACGAAAACUCAAACAUUGAAAAACGUUCUUCUUCCUUUACCUUUUUUCUUUCCAAAACACAAAUGAAACCUCUAACAUCUAAAACGUUCGAAUUUUACUAGCAGAUGGUAUUUAGUGAGUCUUAUUUGAGAAUUUUAUUACAAGGCAGAUGCAAAUUCGGAUUCGAAUAAUUAAAAACUGACAAGCCUGACGCAACUCUCUGUCCGAUGGGAUGGCGUUCAAUUUUGAGAUCGUUUGUACCCAAAAGUCGAGUCAGAUGAAGAGACUUGGAAAAAAUGAACGUCAGUCAAGUGAAAAGAUAGAUACUCAUCUCACUCGGUUUAUUUACGCUGAAUUCAAAUAUGUUCUUAUUUUUCAAUAGUUCUGUAAACGUAAACUAAGAAACCAAUUUCUACUCAAGUUUGAAUUGUUUUAAAAUAGAGGGGCUUUCAAGAAAAAAAAGUGGCUUUUUGGUUUUUGGUCUUAUCCGGAAAAGCUUUUUUUAACACACAUUCCGAAAUCUCGUUUAAAAGUGAUUCGAAUACUGUCUUGUAUAUUAAUUUUUCGUUGAAACGCAGCUAAAAUGAGAGUAAAAUUUCUACACUGAGAUUUUUUUGCGAAAAUCCUUGCAAAAACAUAUAAAAUCGCAUUGCAAGCAUAUAAAAUCCUUUAAAAGUUCUGAAACAUUCUGUUUCACAGUGGUUUAUUUUGUGUUUGCAUUUCGGCUACGAAGUUAGAUCUUGAAAUCUAAAGUUGUUCGCAUAUCCAACCUUGCUUUGGGGGGGGGGGGGGGGGGGGGGGGGGGGGGGGGGGGGGGGGGGGGGGGG